GACGAGCAGUCUAUAUGGGCAGACACCAGUGCAACAAGACGUUUCGAGUCACAUUAAUGCAUUUUUGAAGGAAUGAACAGGCGAGGGUUAUCUAUCUGAAUAUAUCAAGUGUUCAUACCUGUGCGAGUUUUGAUGAAGUUUGGAUGAAGAUGACGAACAGCGCAUCGAAGAAGAUCUUUUCCAGGAGGGAAAAGCGCAGAGCUUCCUAAGCAACGAUUGCACGUUAAAGACUUUAUUUUAGCGGUAUUUAGUGGACAGAUACGCAACUGUGCAAAAUGCUAAGAGUGCGUAAAAGUUUCUGGGUGCUUUUAAUUGUGCUUCUGGCUGUCUGGAUAGAAGGAGCGAGCAGCUUCCCUGUGAGACACCAGAGAUCCAGACACGGCGGCUCCAGAGAGACACAUCCACAGACAUCUUUGAGAGACAUUGGCAAUGACCAUAAUCUCCUGCACCAGCAGAACCAGGUCCAGAGUGAUUUGGCAGACUCACAUCCCCAUCAACACAGGUGGCUCCAGCAUCGCUCUACGGGUGUCCUGCCACAGCCUGAGCCUGAGGAAGAAACAAAACCCUUUGUUCUAGACCUCAAAAACUUUCCAGACCUGGCAAAUGCCGACAUUGGCUCCCAAAACCCAAACAUUCAGGUGACCAUCGAGGUGUUGGAUGACCCCCCUAUGGAAGUGGAGAGGGAUAAAGAAUGGAGCAAUGACUGGCCCACAUCUUCUCCCUCCUCUACUGUAGAAUGGCUAGGUGGAAAGAAGCUUUUCUGGCCUUUAUUUUGGGGCUACACGGAUGCAGAUUCAGGGGACGAUGGUACUGGCCAAGCAGUGGAGGAAGAGGACGACUACGCACUGGAGUAUGACAGCGGGGAGCCCCUCCCUAGUGGUCUGGGCAAGACAGAUGGCAAUUGGGAAAGCCCAUGGACUCAAAGCCAUUAUGAAGAAGCAGAGGAAGAGUGGAGCGCAUGGAGUCCCUGUAGUGUCACUUGUGGCCAUGGCAAUCAGACUCGCUCACGUUCAUGUGGAGAUUUCUGCACAUCCACUGAGUCCCGGAGCUGUGACCUUGUCCCAUGCCCAGAUGAUUGGAACAGUGUGGCUCAUGUCUUUCCAUUCGAGAUGGAGAAUGGCACAGAACCCUUUGGCACUGAUGUUGACAGCUGUGAGAAGUGGUUAAAUUGCAAGAGUGAGUUUCUUCAGCGUUACCUGCAGCAGGUAUUGACUGAAUUACCCAGCUGCCCGUGCACCUAUCCUUCAGAAGCCUCCAACAAUAUCGUCAGUCUGCUGGAUGCAGAGCACGACCGAACCUUCCAGUGGAGGGAUGCUAGCGGCCCACAGGAACGAUUGGACAUCUACAAGCCCUCGGCACAGUCCUGCCUGCGUUCCAGCCUGUCUAAAGAUGGCACCACUCUGGCUGCCCAGCAUUGUUGCUAUGAUGAUAACAAGCAUCUAAUUACAAGGGGCAAGGGGGCAGGAACCCCCAACCUAAUAAGCACCGAGUUCUCUCCAGAGCUGCAUUUCAAGGUGGAUGUAAUGCCUUGGAUACUGUGCAAAGGAGACUGGAGCAGGUUUCAUGCAGUCCGCCCACCCAAUAAUGGCCUGCAUUGCACGGAGAACCCCCAACAGGAUAUUUUCAUGAAUGAAUUGGAGGAGGCCAGAGAAUAUUAAAUCACCAAAUUACUAUCCGUCCUCUGACUCACCGUCCUGCUGUGGUGCUUAACCCUAUUAAAAUAAACAAAUGAAUAAAAACCCCGGCCAGCCGCAUUAAGUGUGCAGUAUAGAGCCAGUCUUGUGUUGUGGAACGCAUUGCCGUAACUGUGUUCGCAAAGCCUCUAGCUUUUCUGAUGUUUGGAAUAUUGUGGAAAAUGAAUGGAAGGAUUAAUACAGCAUGUUUGUUGUACAACAGUUGUUGCUGCUGCUGCAAUCACAUACAGUGGGGUGCAAACGUCUGACAAUGCUAGUAAAAAAGGUUUUAUUUUGAAGGUUUUUUUAUAAUUGAAUACAGCUUUAUUACGAAUUAUAUGAUCAGAAAAAUAACAUGAAUUUCAGAAUUUAUUAGUAUUCCUUUUGUUUGAACGACAGCAGAACUCAUGAGAUCCACAUUUGUGCAAAACCUGAUGAUCAUGUGAUCCAGCAUGAUUUGAGAACGUU